GGGGGACGCGCGCAAGAAAAGCCGCCGGCUUCCCGUCUUGGUCUACGUCUGCGCAUGCGCGCUUUGGCACGCGUGUGCGCGACGGGGCUGGGCGGCGGGGAGCCGAGGGGGAAGGGCGGCGGGUCACGUGGCCGGAGCAGGGGGCGGGGCUGCCGGUGCCGCCGUGACCGUUGGCUGCGGCGAUCGUUCCCGUGGCCUUGCGGCGGCGGGAUGCAGAACGUCAUCAACACGGUGAAGGGGAAGGCCCUGGAGGUGGCCGAGUACCUGACUCCCGUCCUCAAGGAGUCCAAAUUUAAAGAAACUGGAGUCAUUACACCUGAAGAAUUUGUCGCAGCUGGCGAUCACUUAGUUCACCACUGUCCUACUUGGCAAUGGGCUUCAGGAGAAGAGCUAAAAGUCAAGGCUUAUCUGCCAACAGACAAACAAUUUUUGGUAACUAAAAAUGUACCGUGCUACAAAAGGUGCAAGCAGAUGGAGUACUCAGAUGAGCAGGAAGCAAUUAUAGAAGAAGAUGAUGGUGAUGGGGGAUGGGUAGACACCUUUCACAAUGCAGGUAUAGCAGGUGCAACAGAAGCAGUUAAGGAGAUCACUCUAGACUGUAAGGAUAAUAUAAAAAUACCAGAGCGAUCAGCAUCCUGUGAAGAUGAUGACGAGGAAGAUGAAGGAGAAGCUGCAGACAUGGAAGAGUAUGAAGAAAGUGGGCUACUGGAGACAGAUGAUGCAACACUUGACACAAGACAGAUUGUAGAAGUUAACAAAGCUAAAGUUGAUGUUGGAGGGGAAGAUGCUAUUCUACAGACUAGAACUUAUGACCUCUACAUCACUUACGACAAGUAUUACCAAACUCCAAGGCUCUGGUUAUUUGGAUAUGAUGAGCAACGGCAGCCCUUAACAGUAGAGCAUAUGUAUGAAGACAUUAGUCAAGAUCAUGUCAAGAAAACUGUGACCAUUGAAAACCAUCCUCACCUUCCUCCACCUCCCAUGUGCUCAGUUCAUCCAUGCAGGCAUGCGGAAGUGAUGAAGAAAAUAAUAGAGACUGUUGCAGAAGGUGGAGGAGAACUUGGAGUUCACAUGUACCUUCUUAUUUUCUUGAAAUUUGUACAGGCAGUCAUUCCAACAAUAGAAUAUGACUACACAAGGCACUUUACAAUGUAACUAAGAUAAAAGAUCCUCUAUCAAGUCUUUUUUUUAAGUAACCCAUCCAUGUGACAUACAUUAUACACAAUUUCUGUAAUUAACCUUUUAUCAAGCCGAUAGAUUAAAAUAAAAUGUUCCAUUACCAGCCUUUUUAAUAAAAGUUUUUGUGUGUAAUAAAUAAAUCACUUUCAUUCCUGUAUACAUACUGCAAUA